AUGAGUAGUAGCACAGGCACAGAUUCAAUGUCUACAACACCAGUCAAAGUAUUGGGUGUGUCCAAUAGGACACCGACUAAAGCGUCAGGCACCAAGAAGAAGUUAAACACGUCAUCUGCAGACUCGACACCAGUGGCACUGUCCAAGUCAACUCUUGGCAAAGAGAACAAAACAGAGAAUCUAGAUCAUCUCGUCAGAGCAGUGCGCGAGAAUGAAAAGAAACGAAAGAAUAGAGCAUCAAUGGGCCGUGUGAGCUUUGCUAAUACAGUGGAAGUAAGGUUCUUUGAGAAACACUUGCAGAGAAAGAACUCUUUGGCAGACGCUGGCACACCACAAAAGUCGCCAUCAAAGUCACCACAGAAGAAGUCAACGACGGCAUCAUCAUCACCAUUUGGCAAGGGUCCAAAGGCCCCCCUGCAGCUCCAGCAACUGCCACAACCACAGCAACAACAACAACAUAAUCAGAGCAUGGACGAUGAUGAUGGACAACAGACGAUGGAGUUAACGGCAACAUUCCCCGGCCGCAUAUUUGUACCAUUCAUCCGCGAUGAGGUGCAGCCACUAUGCAUCUGUGAUGCCUCUGUCAACAACAAUAGCAACACCAGCAUGGAUAUAUCGGCAAUGUCCAUGUCAAUGGACGACACUUCCAUGUCUAUGACGCUGCCACGCAUCCCCACACUAGGCUCCAUCCUGGACCUGGAGGAGCAGGAGGAGAAGGAGAGGAACCACACAUCAGCCAGACACGAGGCCAACGACGAAGAAGACCUAUACACAUCCAACAUCAAAUCCCCAGUUCACAAGAGGACCAAGGGUCCGGCCGGACCGAUGCCCCCACGCCAGAUGCUCGCCGCCGAGGACGAGGACUUUAACGAGAUAUUCAAACACCCAGUGACGCCCAUCAAGUCGUCGACCACCACCACAACCACGACGACCAGCAGCUCGCCCAUCCCGACUCUGACCGACCUGUACGAGGAGGACAUGACUGGCAACUUCAAGGACAUCAUUGCCAAGUUGGAUAACGCGUCAUCACAUCAUUCAUCGGUUGCCAAUCAUCAACUCGAGGACUCUCGCGAGUAUCCCGAGCAAGACCUCACCACCGAGUUCCAUCUGGCCAAUGGCACGCAGGGUGCGGGCGGUCGUCUGACCAACCUGCUGGACACAACCAGCGAGAUUGUCGUUGAGGUCUUGCCACCAGUCGAUCACGUGAUGGACGAUGGCGAUGACAAUGCCGGAGAUAUGUCAAUGACACAGGCAUUGGGUCACAUUGUCCAGAUGGGUACUGCUCUCAUUCCAGCUCCAACUCCAUCAGAGUCCAACUCAAUCAACAUGUCCACAGUAUCCAACAACAAUCUGUCAACUGUAUAUAACGAACAACAAGAGAGCACUGAUGUGAAUGUGUCACAGCAGCAACAACAAGAGCAUGUCGAGAAGGACAUGACCAUCACAAGAUCAUUCGGCGAGAUAUUGAUGAUCAACAAGAGACAGUCCAUUGCCAAUGGACGCAUCAAGUCCGAGACGCCAACAACCACAACAGUCCCCCAGUCUAAUCACGUGUGGGACAUCUCUGGCGACGUGACCAACAACCUGCGCAGUCUGAUCACACCCACAAAGACCAUCGACAUCAAGCCACAGGCCUUCUCCAACACCAUCGUCGACGUGCCUCCAGCAUCAUCUGCUGAUGUUGCCAAGCCACAGCCACUGACUGUGAGUGGUCGACCAGGAACCAUUCCAGCCACCCAACCCCAACCCCAAGCCCAGCCAUCACACCAGCUGGGCAGCUUCUUCCAGUCCAACUCGGGCGCGGCAAGUGUACUGGCCGACUCAACCAUUACCAAGACACACACAAACACUGAGAUCCAGCAUUUGAAGCAGUACACCAGCACACCAUCAUUCACACAGUAUGAUGGCGAGGACUCUUUCAUCUAUGGCAAGCUCAACUUCAACCGCAGCAACCUCAACAGCAACAACACAACAAUCACAGGCCGACAGACCAGCAACAGUAGCAUCCUGAGCUCAGUCAUGCCACCCCCCGCCACCAUGAUCGAUCACAAGUCCACCGCAGGUUCCAACCUGUUGCCACCCACCACCACUACCACAACCACCACAGCAACUACUGCGCCACAACCAACUACCAAGCCCGCACAAGACACUUACGCACCGCGCCCCAUGGCCAACGAGUUUGACGCGUCGUUGUUUGGCACGACUUACAACAACAACCGCGCGCCCAACCCAACGAUGGAGAGCGCCUUGUUCACACAACAGCGCCAAUCGAUGAUGCUGGAGGACUUGAUGAGCAUGCACGAUCGAUCCAUGUCGGUCGUGUCGGCCGUCGCCAAGACUAUCACAUUCAACGAGUUCCUCUACCUGUCAAACUGCCGCUUCAUGGACGACUUCUCGUCCAAGUCGAAGCGCGCCUCACUGGUCGGCAUGCAGAUGACCGACGGCACCGAGGAGUGCGAGUUGCGCACGCGCCUCAUCAACUCAUACUGUCACUAUCGCCAGAUGAUGUCAUAUCGCGCCGGCUACGAGCAGCUUCAACAGAUGAUCACUUCGACGACCGAGGCCAACCGCGUGGCGGAGGAGCGCAUGAACGCCAACAACCCGCCAAUCUUCCAGGUGGUCCAGCGCUCGACCAAGGACGACCUCAUCUCCAAGCAGCACAUGCUCAAGAAGAUCAAGAACACAGCAAAGAUGGGCGCGCAGGCCGGCUACUCACAGUGGCGCUGCGACCUCGAGCGCAAGGUGUGCGAGGAACUCACAGCGUCCAAGCAGCAGCUGUCUGGCGACCUGGUCGCGCUCGGCCACAACACCGAGCAGCUCAAGGAGACAGAGAUGGCGCUUCUGGUCGAUAUCCAGCAUCUCAAGACUGCCGAGAAGAGGCUGCACGAGCGCCGCGCACUGCUCGUCCAAAAGAUCGAGAGGAAGAGCAACGAGACCGAUCAACAGCUUCUGAACCAGUGCGUUGGAGAGCAGGACAAGCUCGCCAAGCUGGCCACGCUCACACACUGGUCCAUGGCACAGUGGUCCGGCGCCAACAUCACAUUCAGCCACCGCCAAGACGACACCACCACAGACAAGACCUCGCGUCCAGUAUCCAACAUUGAGUACAAGGUCACCUUCAAGCUGGCCAACAACAACACGAACCAGAUCCUCUCAGCCAAGCUGACGCGCACUUCCCGAUCGUUCCGCGUCGCCAAUGGCAGUCUGGCCACACUCGAGUCACGACUGAUCGAUCAGAUGGACCUGCAAAAGACCGUGUUGGCCAAAGUGUCCUCGAUCAAACACGUCAAGGAAGCAUUGAUGACAGUGUCCGUGUGCAUUGGUCGCGUGAGGAGACUGUGUGAUGAGCUCAGACAGUUGGAGACCUUGUACAACCUACGCGCCAACAUGUCGUCCAGCUCGUCCAGCACGAGCAUGCUGGAACUGGACGUCAACAUGUUCAACUCCAAGGCCAUGAAGAAGAUGACUGUGAAGCUGUUGGUGUCGCCAUCCUAUCCCAAUGGACCGGUUCAAUACUCAUUCGAUACACUGCUUGGAACCAUCAGUGAUGAUCAAGUGCGCAGUGUACUGGACACACAUGUAGUCAACAGUAAUCGACGUGGAAAGAUCACCAAGGUAUUGGAAUUGUUAGACAAUGUCCUUUCCAAUUAA